AUGGUAGAUGCUGACGGUCCAAGAAGAGGAGUUUUUGGGGCUUUUCGAGGCCAGGAGCGGGUUUUUUUUUUUUUUUUUGUACCGGGAACUUUGCGUAGCCUUGGAAACAAGGGGAAGCUGCGUGCUUGGAGGGGCGAUAACGCACAUCAAAAGGUUGUUGCUACAGCUGCCUUGCCCGGUGAUCAAGUCCAGGUCGAUGUAUACCAAUCUUUUCUUGCGUCCUUUGUUUUUUUCCUCUCUGUUUCGAGUAGUGUACAGCUUCGGUCUUCCCGUACUCUCGUGCGUUUACCUCUUCUCUGGCAAAACUUCAUAGUCCUGAUAAUGAAGUUUCCAGCAAGACAUUUAAAGACAUGUUAA